GCUCUAGCUGGCUUUGGCCCAAGCCUGAACCCGGGCAGCCCAUCGUGCUGCGUGCGGCUUUGAGAUCCCCCACGUCCGCUUUCCGCUUCGCGGAAGCUGAGGCGCUUCCAUCUGAUGCAGCUUCGAGCACUCGUGCCGUUGGCCCUGGUUGGAGUGGUGACGUCUGCCAUCUUGCGGGUGGUCUUGGAGCGCCCCCGGCGGGGCAGUGUGGUCUGGGUGGUGGCCGUCCUGACCUUGGCUGUCUCGUGUCCGGCGUUCGUGGGGACGCCCUAUCGGUUGAGCUUACAAACGCAAGUGCACAAGGACCAUCAAGAGCAUUGUGCCGACUUGGCCGAUCAGUUCAAGACCGCUAGCGUGGCCGGCACCGUUGCCUUCCUGAUGAACUGCGGGGGUGCGGGGGCCGGCACUGCAGACGCCUUGGCCGAGGCUUAUCCAGUUGCGCCCGGGUCCCAUGUGGAGCAGCAGGGCAGCUAUGCGCGGGCGCCUUUGAGCUAUCAGGGUGUCCAGCAACAACUUCCAAUGGCGGACUUUGAUGCUGAUCAAGCGAGGAUGUCUGAGGUUCACCCUCCACCUCAGGUGGGCGCCGACGCCCUCAGAUCGGAUGUGGUCGCCUGGAGCUCCGAGAGAGCGGACACCCCACAGCCCGCGGAUCGUUUGGCUGCCUUGGAGGCCCGCGUGCGAGAGGAGAAGCUGCGGCUUCGGGAGGCACAAGCACAGCUCUAUGGACUCGAGGAGGAUCUCCAAGCUGCCCGAGUGCGACAGGAUGCUGCAGGCUUGGCUGGCCAGGCUGCCCAGGCUGCCCCAGAAGCAGCGAGCGACAGGGGGGGUGGCUUCUUGAACGGGCUGCGGGACGUGCUGCUGGUGGGCUUUGGGGGAGUGCUCGGAGCUGUCGGCUACGCCUGGGGGCGCUUCACGGAUGCGCCGGAGCUUCACGCCGAUGUGGCCCAGGCCCAGCCGGCGCCCACGGCGUCCACGGCGGACGCAGGGGGCCCAGUGAGCUUGGGCGGCCUGGCCGUGGCCGCCGAGGCGCCGGUGGGUGCGGCGGCGCUGGGCUUGGCGUUCACAGCCUCGGUCUUCACCUCCGCUCCCAGCCUCAGCGCAGCACCCGUGCACCUGCCGUCGUCCUCCGAUCUGCCGCUGUUGACCAUGACGCACCACGUGCCACGUGCGCCCAGCUUCGACAGCGAGGCCACCUGAUGCAAAGGGCACGGCGCGCGUGCUGAGCGCACGGCAAACGCGCGGCAUGGUGUCAAGAAGGACGUCCCAGGUCACAGCAUCAGAGGCUCUGGGGAAAACUAUUGUGGCAGAGGUCUUCUUCAGCUUCACAUGGGGAUCUUUAGACCCUCUGCCCAUCCUUUCUUUUGAGCCGUGACACGUGUGCGUGUGCUGUUCAUCCAGCAAAGUAGUUCUACCGGUGAGCGAACAAAGCAUUGUCGCACCACCGUACGGCUGGGGUUCGCACCCGCUGGUGAGAUUGUGGGACGUUACGAGAAAACUCU